AUGUCCGCCAUUAAGUGUCUCUCACGCGAUUUUCUGGUUGCCGCCGGCAUGUCCUGCGGUAAUGUUCGUCUUCCCUGGCCUGUCUACAGUUUCCUGAACGCUUGCGGUCUCUUUCGGCGCACGCAUGCGCGCACGAGACGUGGUGGCCGUGGCGGUGGCGCUACUAGACUGAUAGUGCGACAACGCUCUCUGCUAGGUCUUGUCAAUGCGCGCUCUCUUCUGAACAAGUGUGAACUGAUUUCUAAUCACUUAAUUGAUGCCCGUCUUGAUCUGCUGGCAGUGACUGAAACCUGGCUUAACAGCGACAUUGGUGACUCUACUAUAAAAGCGGCAUGUCCGGAUGGCUACACCGCUGUUCAGCUCCCUCGUCUGAAUCGAAAGGGUGGUGGUCUGGCUCUGAUCCAUAAAUCCUCUAUUGAGGCUAAACGACUUCCUGUGACCAUUCAUGAGGCCUAUGAGUGCAUGGAUCUGUUGCUUUGUUUUCGGUCGCAACGUGUUAGACUAUUGAUCAUCUAUAGACCGCCUUCCUCUCUACCUUCUCGUUUCUUUGAUGAAUUUUCUUUGACUAUGGAAGCUGUCUGCUCUACUCGUGAUAAGCUAGUCGUCGUUGGGGAUUUCAACUUUCAUGUUGAUCUGGUGGAAAACUCGGUGGCACAGUCAUUUCUCGGUCUCAUGGAGGCGUUUGGUCUUACGCAGUGUGUUGCUUCUCCCACCCAUAUCAAGGGCCAUACACUUGAUCUGGUAUUUACUCGGGAUGUAGACAAUUUUGUCUCACAUACAUGUGUUAGCUCCCUCAUAAGUGAUCACUAUGCUGUUCAAUGUUGUCUGGCCGUGCGCACACCUAGGUGGCUUAUCGGCCGUACGCUCUUUCGAUCGUUUAAGUCAAUUGAUAGUGAUCUCUUUGUUGCGGACCUGAUUGGUCUGGACUUGUUCACUGAUCCGGCUACUACUAUCGAUGGUCUCAUUGAUCAGUAUAACGUAGGUGUUAGUCAAGUGAUUGACAAGCACACCCCAUUGAAAGAGAAACUGAUGGUCCUUCGCCCCGCUAAUCCCUGGAUGAGCGAUGAUGUGCGAGUUCUGAGGAGAGAGCUUCGGAAAAGAGAACGAAUAUGGAGGAUGAGGAGGCUACACGUCGACUUUCAGACCUACCGGGAGACACAGAUGAAGUAUUCUCGUCGACUUAAGGCAGCGAAGAAGUUAUUCUACAGCAACAAAAUUUUGGAGUGUGGCAGUUACGCUAGGGCUCUCUAUCGUCUUGUCAACAACCUGAUGGGUAAAUCUGAUGUGCCCACAUUACCGAAACAAAAGCUUCCUGAUCGGAGUGUUGCGCAGGAGUUCAGUGUCUAUUUCUCCACCAAGAUAGCGGAUAUCCGCUCAUCCCUUGACUCUUUGGCCAAAUCUAGGAAUUCUGACAGUGCCGUUGAAGAGGAGUCCUUCCUUUCGCUCUAUGGCGAAAGUUGUUGUUUGGAUAGGCUAUUGCCGGUAACAGCUGAGUUUGUGAUAAAUCUCAUUCUGUCUUCACCUGCAAAGUCCUGCUGCCUGGACCCACUUCCUACUCCUUUGCUAAAGAAGUUUGUAAGUACCUUGACCGCUCCAAUAACGAGAAUUGUAAACUCUUCGCUGUCAUCUGGUCGGUUUCCUGAUUCGCUGAAGCAUGCUGUCAUCACGCCUCUUCUUAAGAAACCGUCACUGGAUCCCUAA